CCUCGGCCGGCACCAGGCGGGGCUGGGACCAGAGCGCCGCCGCUGCCGCCGCCGCACGAGCCGAGCUGCUCUGCAGAGCCGGACCGGGAGCGGGGCCCGGCCGGGGGCUGGGGGCCGCGGCCCUCGCUCCACCUUCUCCCAUCAUGAGCCAAGGAAGUCUUGGGGCCUGGGCCCCCCACGACCCCACCUCCGGGUCCUCGGCGCCCCCAAACCCGUUCGUGCACGAGUUACACCUCUCUGGCCUCCAGAGGGUUAAGUUCUGCCUCCUGGGGGUCCUGCUGGCUCCAAUCCGAGUGCUUCUAGCUUUUAUCGUCCUCUUUCUCCUCUGGCCCUUCGCAUGGCUCCAAGUUGCAGGUCUCACUGAAGAGCAGCUUCAGGAGCCAAUUACUGGAUGGAGGAAGACUAUAUGCCACAACGGAGUUCUUGGUCUGAGCCGCCUGCUCUUUUUCUUGCUUGGCUUCCUUCGGAUCCGUGUUCGGGGACAGAGGGCCUCUCGCCUGGAAGCCCCUGUCCUGGUUGCUGCCCCCCACUCCACUUUCUUUGACCCAAUUGUUCUGCUACCCUGUGACCUGCCCAAGGUUGUAUCUCGAGCUGAGAAUCUUUCUGUGCCUGUCAUUGGAGCCCUUCUUCGGUUCAAUCAAGCCAUCCUAGUAUCCAGGCAUGACCCAGCCUCUCGCCGCAGAGUGGUGGAAGAGGUCCGAAGGCGGGCUACCUCAGGAGGCAAGUGGCCUCAGGUACUGUUUUUUCCUGAAGGCACCUGUUCUAACAAGAAGGCUUUGCUGAAAUUCAAACCAGGAGCCUUCAUCGCAGGGGUGCCUGUGCAGCCUGUCCUCAUCCGGUACCCCAACAGUCUGGACACCACCAGCUGGGCAUGGAGGGGCCCUGGCGUACUCAAAGUUCUCUGGCUCACAGCCUCUCAGCCCUGCAGCAUCGUAGAAGUAGAGUUCCUGCCAGUAUAUCAGCCCAGCCCCGAGGAGAGUAAGGACCCCACCCUUUAUGCCAACAAUGUGCAGAGAGUCAUGGCACAGGCCCUGGGCAUUCCAGCCACUGAAUGUGAGUUUGUGGGGAGCUUACCUGUGAUCGUGGUAGGCCAGCUGAAAGUGGCAUUGGAGCCACGGCUCUGGGAACUGGGAAAGGUGCUACAGAAGGCUGGGCUGUCCCCUGGCUGCAUGGACAUGGGGGCAGAGCCAGGCCGAAGUCGAAUGAUCAGCCAAGAGGCAUUUGCCCAGCAGCUACAGCUCUCAGAUCCUCAGACAGUGGCUGGGGCCUUCAGUUACUUCCAGCAGGAUGCCAAGGGUUUGGUGGACUUCCGAAAUGUGGCCCUUGCACUAGCAGCCCUGGACGGUGGCAGAAGCCUGGAGGAACUGAUCUGCCUGGCAUUUGAGCUCUUUGCUGAAGAGCAGGCAGAAGGACCAGGCCGCCUGCUGUACAAAGAUGGCUUCAGCACCAUCCUGCACCUGUUGCUGGGUUCACCCCACCCUGCUGCCACGACUUUGCAUGCGGAGCUGUGCCAGCCUGGAUGCAGCCAAGGACUCUCCCUCUGUGAGUUCCAGAACUUCUCCCUCCAUGAUCCUCUGUAUGGAAAGCUUUUCAGUACCUACCUACGCCCCCCACACAAGCCUCGAAGCAACUCCCAGAUACCAAAUGCCUCAUUCCCAAGCAGCCCCACUGCCCUGGCCAACGGGACUGUGCAAGCCCCCAAGCAGAAGGAUGAUUGAGCACCUCAGCCUCCCACACUCUUCCCUCAGCUCGAAUCCAGCCCUGCUCUCAGGACAGCGCCAGAGGCCCUACCCUACACCUCAACCCCAUCUCUGCUCCUGUUUGAUUUUUUUUUUUUUUUUUUUUUUUU